GCCGCCCGCAUGGUGGACAUCCUCCUCCCGCGGCCGCUCCCGGGCGCCAUGGGGGAGCCCUCCAAGAGGCGGCCGGGGCUGGCCCUGUGCGCGGGCUGCGGGGGCCGCAUCCAGGACCCCUUCCUGCUGCGGGUGUCGCCGGACCUGGAGUGGCACGUCGCCUGCCUCAAGUGCGCCGAGUGCGGGCAGCCCCUGGACGAGACCUGCACAUGCUUCCUGCGCGACGGCAAGGCCUACUGCAAACGGGAUUACAGCAGGCUCUUCGGCAUCAAGUGCGCCCAGUGCCGGGCGGCGUUCAGCAGCAGCGACCUGGUGAUGCGCGCCCGCGACCACGUCUACCACCUGGAGUGCUUCCGCUGCGCCGCCUGCGGCCGCCAGCUCCUGCCCGGCGACCAGUUCUGCCUGCGGGAGCGCGACCUGCUCUGCCGCGCCGACCACGGGCCGCCCCCCGACGGCGCCGCCGCCCGCGGACCGCGCAGCCCCGCGCUGCCGCCGGCCGCCGCCGCGCACCUCGCAGAGCCGGUGCCCGGGCGGCCGCCCGCCCCGCGGCCGCCGGCGCACAAGGCGGCGGAGAAGACCACCCGCGUGCGGACGGUGCUGAACGAGAAGCAGCUGCACACGCUGCGGACCUGCUACGCCGCCAACCCGCGCCCCGACGCCCUGAUGAAGGAGCAGCUCGUGGAAAUGACGGGGCUCAGUCCCCGCGUCAUCCGCGUCUGGUUCCAGAACAAGCGCUGCAAGGACAAGAAAAAGUCCAUUCUCAUGAAGCAGCUCCAGCAGCAGCAGCACAGCGACAAGACGAGCCUGCAGGGCCUCACCGGGACUCCGCUCGUGGCCGGCAGCCCCAUCCGCCACGAGAGCGCCGUGCAGGGCACCGCCGUGGAGGUCCAGACCUACCAGCCGCCCUGGAAGGCGCUCAGCGAGUUCGCCCUGCAGAGCGACCUGGAGCAGCCCGCCGCCUUCCAGCAGCUGGUCUCCUUCUCCGAGUCCGGCUCCUUGGGCACCUCCUCCGGCAGCGACGUGACCUCGCUGUCCUCCCAGCUCCCCGACACCCCCAACAGCAUGGUACCCAGCCCGGCCGAGACGUGAAGCGGCCGGUCCGCCCCGCCGCGGGACCUCCGCAUGCCUGCGCUCCCUGCAUGAGACACCCGGCCCCGGGCCGCUCCCAGAGCGCCGGACAAACGCCUUUGUUUUUUAAUUAUUCUUAUUUAAAAACAAACAAAAAAUAUGUUACUGUCGGCCAAAAAAGCACCGGGAUCCUCGCUGCCUUCACCAGACCGGAGAGAGAGCCCCCGCCCUGGUUUUUUUCGUGGUUUUGGUUUGGUU